CCUUGUACGCGAUAACUGUCAAUAUAGCUGAGGCAUGCGAGCGAGCGAAAGCAGAUGGGCAUGGUACCAGAUGGACAUCGAGCACAUUGCUGACGUCUCUUACCUACGUGUCACCUCCUCUCAUUAGUCGGUGAUAUGACCAUCUCCCUUGCCCUCUCAGACCCGUGUACUCAUUAUGGUGAGUAGCCUCGACCCGCAUGAUAGUCACCAGCUUCGAAGGCAGAGUAACAAGAGGAAUGGCAGCGAUGGCGGUCGUCUUCUUUGCAAAUUGGGUCACUGUGAUGAUCAUCAACUUUUAUAGUUGGAAUUACCGACUGAGCGUUGACUUUACAAUCAACGGAAGAGCCCUCGGGCUCCUGAAGAUACAAAUUGGCUGUUUACUGAGACCUGCCAAAGAGGGCGAUUGUACAAGGAGGGAGGAAAGGCAACGAGGGCAAAGAAUGGCGGCCUGUCAACGCGACCAUGACGCUGACGUUACCGUCCUUUCCCUCCUCCGCCGUAGAAACAUCGUCAUACCUGUUGUCUCUUGGCCCACGCGUCCCACACUCACCACGGACUCGAUUAUGGUGAGUCUCAUUCUCGUCUUUGUCCCACGCCUGCUGCCACUCUCCGCACACAAGCGUGCAAAUGAUGAUACCCCAUUAUCACGACGGUCUUCGUACCGAGACCAUCAUCUCGUCUGGCGAAACGGCCCGUACCAAGCUCACAUAAAACUUCGGGCAUUAAUCUGAAAACAAGCUUGUGUGGACAGGAGAGCGGCAAGGGGAGCAGGCAUGGGAUAGAGGAGCGCCGCGUUGUUUCUUUGGUCUGUCAGGACAUUGGCUGACCUUCUUCUUCAUCUCAUCCUGACCCUUGUCGUCGUAGAUAAGCACUCUUGCAUAUAUACUGUAAUACUUUCCGC